AUGGCCGACGCCGUGCCCUCCCAGUCGACGCCCGCGGCGCCCGCGCCGACGAAGGUGGGCAUGAUGUGGUCGGACCUGUCCGCGGCGAAGCUCGAGGAGAUCCGCGCGGAGCCCGCCGCCGGCGAGAAGAUCCGGUUGCUCUGCGAGACGCUCGCCGUGAAGCACUACGCGGACAACACGUGGAGCGGCAUCCUCGUCGACUUCCUCUACUACAACAUCCUCUUCUGCGAGGAGAAGGGCCUCACGCCGGAGAAGACGUCCGCGUUUUUCACGAUCAUGAAGCGCGUCUUCGAGUUCACGUUCCGGCCGGAGCUCGAGCCGGGCAACGUCGACGACGACGUGGAGCGCGUCGGCGUCGACGCGUCCUUCGCCUUCUUCAAGGAGCAGAUGCUCCGCCACAGCGUCGAGGCGCCCGCGGAGGGCUCCGUCGGCCUCUUCACGGUCGCGGACGUCGAGUUCAUCGCCGAGUUCAUCUCGACGACGCGCGUCCGGCGGCGUCGGUUCUACAGGCACUUCAAGGCCUACAGCUACUGCUUCUACAACAAGCAGCCGGACGAGAACGUCGAGCGGACGCUCGUCGUCGAGACGCCCCUCCCGCCGCCGCCCCUGGCCGAGGCGACGACGGACGCGACGAACGAGCUCGCCGAGCCGCCGGCGCCGGCGCCCGUGCGCGCGCCCGUCGCCGAGGGCCUCGUCGACGCCGAGCAGCCCCGCCCGCGGCGUCGGCCCUCGGCGCUGGCCAUGGCCAUGGACUCGGUCGUGAGCGACGUGAACUUCGACGUGAACGCGGCGGAGUCGGCGGCGCUGCAGCGCCACGUGAGCGACUUCGCGGAGAUGCUCGUGCGCGACUUCCUCAACAAGCGGGGCCUGUCGAAGACGCUGUCGACGAUGAACGGCGAGGCGUCGGAGCUGGGCCACGCGCCCCCGACGCUCGAGAGCUGGACGACGAUGGCGGGCCUCGUGGGCCUCACGGAGCUGCUCCAGGCCAACGAGGCGUCGCCCGGCGGCUCCCUCGGGACGAUCCUCGAGGUGCUAACGAGAGAGCUCGUGCGGGAGACGAACAUCAAGAUGCGGCGACCCGUGACGAUGACGGUGCUGCACGCGGCGCCGUCCUGCGCGGAGCAGCGCAGCGCGUCGCUGGAGCGCCUCACGCGCACGGGCCCCGGCCCGGGCGACGACCCGCGCGACUUCGGCGCGGCCGCGGGCACCGCGCGGCCGCGGAAGCGGGAGACGAAGAAGCCGCCCGUGCCGCCGCCGCCGACGCUCGGGCCCGGCGAGCUCGCCGGCGGCGCGUCGACGCUCCACAAGCACCUGGGCAAGAUCUCCCAGCCCGCGAGCCUGCGAUCGGCGCCGCGCGUCGUCGCCGCGCACGGCCGCGUCAAGCUCAGCCGCGAGAACUGGAUCCCCAUGGACUGCCGCGAGCGCAUGCUCCAGCGCGACCUGGCCGUGACCAAGUCGAACGUGGAGCUCAUGGCGAAGCGCCAGGUCUUCGUGGACACGGACGAGCGGCACCACCGGUUGAGCGAGCUCGAGCAGAACCAGACGGAGGAGCGCUACGGCAUCAAGAAGAAGAAGAAGUGCGGCCUCUGCCAUUUGGAGUAUUCGCUCAUCAACCUCGUGCUGGACGUGCCCAUGAAGGCCGUGCGGGACCUGCGGAACACGUGGGCGGACGAGUUCGCGACGCACCCGCAGCACAAGAAGGAGUGCGCGCGGUCCCACAAGGCCUUCGCCUACGACCAGGUCGGCGUCUGCGUGCUCUGCUCCCAGUUCUUCCAGCUCGGCCAGCAGGACAUGUACCGGCCGAGCUACGAGAAGAAGGUCUCCGAGAAGCAGCGCAAGCUCCGGAAGGAGCAGGAGGCCGCGGCGAAGCGGUACUGGGACCCGGUCAAGCAGCUCGAGGAUGACCGCAAGAAGGGCAAGGGCGGCUACGCGACCUCCGACGCCGCCGACGGCAACGACCCCUUCACGCCGUUCAUCGACGACAGCGAGUUCGUCUCCUUCAUCGACGACGGCCCGGGCGGCGGCGGCAAGGGCGGGCCGAUGGCGCAGCCGACCGGCAUCGCGCCGAGCCACAGCUUCGAGGAGCUGCCCGGCGGGCAGCGCGGCCUCAUCUCGCGCCAGGGCACGAGCGAGCUCCUCGGGGGGCGGCCGCUGCCGCCGGGCGGCCUCAUCCCGCGGCAGUCGACGGCCGAGUUCAUGGGCUCGCUCGGCGGCCUCAUCUCGCGCCAGGGCACGUCCGAGAUGCUCAACGGGCCCGGCGUGCCCCGCAGCGACACGGCGGAGUGGCGCAACGUCGCCGCGUCCGUGAGCCUCCAGCACAAGGGCCUGGCGGGCGUCGGCGGCAUCCCCGGCAUCGGCGCGUGCGGGAGCUUCGACGAGGGCGAGCACCCGGGCCUGGGCGUGCCCCGGGGCCACUCCUUCGACACGGGGGGCAACCGGAGCUUCGACUCCAACGAGUCGCCCCACAGCUUCCACGCCGAGGCGCCCAACGGCGGCUUCCCCGUCGGCAUGCUGCCGCACAGCAACUCGCGCGACUGGGCGCUCGAGGACGGCCCCGGCGCGCCGGGGGCGCUGGGCCGGAGCCUCGCCAGCGGCCACAUCGGCCGCUCCGCGUCCCGCGACGACUCGUCGGAGGCGUCGCGGCCCCUCGACGGCGGCGGCGGCGGCGGCGACGGCGCCGCGUUCCCGCAGUCGAACAAGGACCAGCUCGAGGACCUGCUCUCCAUCCUCGCGUCCCAGGUCGCGCCCGUCGAGGCCGCCGCGUCUUCGGCGACGGCGCCGGCGCCGGCGCGCAAGAAGAAGGCGAAGCGGGACGCCGGCGGCGACUUCGAGGACGAGAGCGACGACGAGUCGCAGGCCGAGGGCUUCGACGAGUUCGACGACGAGGAGGCGUCCGACGACGACGACGCCCCCGGCGGCAAGCGCAAGCGCAAGGGCAAGCCCACGGCCGAGGCCAAGGCGGAGAUGACGAAGCAGCGGAACCGCGAGCACGCGCGGUCGACGCGGCGCCGGAAGAAGCAGUACGUCGAGCAGCUCAAGAAGCAGGUCGCGGAGCUGCUGGCGAAGCAGCAGCAGCUCAACGCGCGCGAGGGCUUUGGGGAGGGCGCCCACGGCGCGCCGUCGUCGCCGCGGCACCAGGAGCAGGUCCGCGUGAAGACGGCCGUGCUCCAGGCGUUCCUGCUCUGCCGCGUCAACGGCACGGUGGACCGGGACCGCUGGCGCGACAUCGUCGACGACCACAUCCGCGUCACGCUGCCCCAGACGCCCUACCGCGCGACGAACGUCGGCGAGAAGGGGCCCCACGGCGCGCGGCGGCUCAAGGGCGUCGAGAGCCUCAUCCGCGAUUGCGUGUCCGUCGCGCGCCUCGUGGACAUGAUCCGCCGCCGCGCGGGCCAGCUCCUCGCGCACCGGUCCAGGGGCGAGCCGCCCAGGGACGGCGACGGCGCGGCGGCCCGGGCGCCGAGCCCCGCGUCGCUCGCGGCGCGGGUGGAAAUCCAGACGCACGCGGCGCCCGAGGACGUCGUCAUCGUCGGCGACCGCCUCAUGUGCCACUGGAAGGCGACGACGCGGGGCCUCGCGGACAUGGGCUUCGACGCCGAGGUGAGCCUGGACGGCCUGGGCCGCGCGACGUUCCACAAGAACAAGCUGCGGGACGUCGAGCUCUCGUUCGACGCGCUGUCGUUCACGCGCCAGCUCCAGGCCUUCGGCCUGCUGGACCUGGGCCUGAUCCGCGCGGAGGAGGACGUCGCCGGCGACCUGCCGCCGGCGGCCCAGUCCUCCAAGGCCGGCGCCGCGCGGCCCGCGCCGCGCGACGCCGCGGCCGCGCCGCGCGGCCGCGCGGCGCCGGGCGCGGCGCCGGGCGCGGCGCCCCGGGGCCUGCCGCCGGGCAUGAUCCCGGGCCACCACGCCGCCGCCGUCGCCGCCGCCGCCGCGGCGGCGACGGGCGCGCGGGGCGCGCCGAGCCCGCGCGGGCCCCGCGGGCUACCGCCGGCGCUCGUUGCGCAGCAGCAGCUCCUCGCGCGGGCCCAGCUCGCGCAGGCCCAGGCGGCCCAGGCGGCCCGGGGCCUGCCGCCGGGCGCGCCGCGGCCCACGGCCCAGCAGUUCGCCCAGGCGCAGAUGGCGCAGCAGCAGCUCCUCGCGCAGCAGCAGCAGCAGCUCCAGCGGCAGGCGGCGCUCCACCAGGCCCAGGCGGCCGCGCGGCAGCAGCCGGGCGCGCCGCGGGGGCCGCCGCCGCCGCGGGCCAACGCCCAGAGCGACGGCGCCCUGGGGCUCCUCGCGGGCGCCGCGCUCCCGCCGCGCGGGCCCUUCGCGCGCGGCGCGCCCGCGCCGCGGGGCCUGCUCCCGGCCGUGCCCUUCGCGGGGCCCAUGCCGCCGGGCAUGAUCCCGGGCAUGCAGCACCCGGGCGCCGUCCCCUUCCCCGCGGGCGUGCUCCCGCCGGGCGCCCAGUUCCUGCCGCCGGGCGUCGGCAUCUCGCCCCGCGGGCCGCCGCCGGUCCAGUUCCCGCCCCGGGGCCCGCCGCCGCCGCGCGCGCCCCCGCCGGGCUGAGGGGCGCGCGCUCCUCUAACGCACAAGGCGUCCGCUUUC